UAUACAUAUUAGGCACCUUUUUCUCACUGUGUCUAUAAAAACCCUUUCAACCCCACUCUCUCUCACUAGACCCUCUCCUCACUCAGCCACAACAAUGCCCCCAGCACCACCGCCCACGGCGGCGCAAACCCUAGCGCCACUCUUCUUCCUCCUCUUUUUCUUCGUUGGCCCGGUCAUCUGUUGGCGCCCAUGGCCCAAUUCUCAGCUCAACUCGACAGAUUUUCUCUUCGGUGGGUCCAAAAAGUUCGAAGGCUCAUCGGAGUUUGUUCAGCUGAGAUACCACAUGGGUCCGGUUCUCACGGCGAACAUCACCGUUUACCCCAUCUGGUACGGCGCGUGGCAGAGCUCUCAGAAGCGGAUUAUCCGCGAUUUCAUCGGCUCCAUAUCCGCCGCCGACUCCAAGCCGCCGUCGGUCGCCGGAUGGUGGAAGACCGUCCAGCAGUACACCGACCAGACCGGCGCCAACAUCUCCCGCAACGUCCACGUAGGCGAGGAGAAGAACGACCGGUUCUACUCCCACGGCAAGUCGCUCACGCGCCUCUCCGUCCAGUCCGUGAUAAAAUCCGCCGUCACCGCCUCCACGCGCCCCCUCCCGAUCAACCCUAAGAGCGGGGUCUACCUCCUGCUGACGUCGGAUGACGUGUACGUGCAGGACUUCUGCAACAACGUCUGCGGAUUCCACUACUUCACGUUCCCGUCGAUCGUGGGGUACACGCUGCCGUACGCCUGGGUGGGGAACUCCGCCAAGCUGUGCCCCGGCGUUUGCGCCUACCCGUUCGCCGUGCCGAGUUACAUCCCGAAUCUGACGGCCGUUAAGUCACCUAACGGCGACGUUGGCGUCGACGCUAUGAUAAGCGUGAUUGCCCAUGAGAUAGCGGAGCUGGCCACGAAUCCGUUGGUCAACGCUUGGUAUGCGGGUCAGGACCCGGUUUUCCCAGUGGAAAUAGCUGAUUUGUGCGAGGGCAUUUACGGAACUGGGGGAGGGGGUUCGUACACGGGUCAGAUGAUGAACGAUAGAGAUGGUGCCACGUAUAACAUGAACGGGAUCCGACGGCGGUUCUUGGUUCAGUGGGUUUGGAACCAUCUCUUGAAUUACUGCAGUGGCCCUAAUGCACUUGAUCAGUAAAUUAAUUGGUUUGCCCCUUUUUCUUCUUUCGGUUCGGGUUUCCUUUUCUUGCCUUUAGUCUAAAUUAUUUUUUGUUGGGAUUUUUGGAUUUUUGUUUGCAAUGGAUUCGUUGGAAUAUUAGAUAAUGUAGUUAAUAUUUCUUUGGGUUCAAUAUUUUUUUUUA